GAGACAAGGUGGAAUAGCUUAGCAAAGAUAUAAUUCAACGCCGUACGAAAAAGCGUGCAUUGGAUGAUAAGAAAACAAAGUAUAAUAAGCCCGAUAAGAAGUCACGUAAAAAGAGGAGCCCGAUAAAUAACCAAACGACGUUACAAAAGCGAGCGCGAGUCAACGAAAAAGGCAGAAAUUUAUAUCAGAGAGAAGGCAAAUGCGAACAAAGAUGAGGCGCGUGUAAUAUCGCAAAUCGAGCGAUAAGAAAGCAUAUCGAAGGAGAAAAAAGAUCGAUACGAAAAGUCGGCGUGCAUUAAGAGAUAAGAUUUAAACGAAAGCGCACACGACGCGGAUCUUGAGCGAUGCAGCUGACGAGUUGAAGAGAAUCUAAGCUUAGAAAUAAUAUAAGUAAAUCGAGAUUUCCCGGUUAAAGCUUGACGAGCGGAGGGAUGGCCGGGCAGCACUACUGCCUGCGCUGGAACAACUACCAGUCGAAUAUGACGUCGGUGUUCCAUCAACUCCUGCAGACGGAGGCCUUCGUCGACGUGACGCUGGCCUGCAACGAGGCAUCCUUGAAGGCGCACAAGGUGGUGUUGUCGGCUUGCAGCUCCUACUUUCAGAAGCUGUUGCUAUCGAACCCCUGCAAGCACCCGACCAUCAUCAUGCCCCAGGAUGUCUGCUUCAAUGACCUCAAAUUCAUAAUCGAGUUCGUCUACAGGGGUGAGAUCGACGUCUCCCAGGCCGAGCUUCAGUCGCUGCUUAAGACGGCCGAUCAGCUGAAGAUUAAGGGCCUGUGCGAGGUGCCGGAGAGCAGGGAGGGCCCGUCCGUGAGCCUGAGCUCGCCGCCCCGCGACUCCAGCACGCCUCGGCUCAACUUCGCCAAGCUCAAGAGGCACCAUCCACGUUACAAGAGGCCGAGAACCUCUUACGAGGGUUCGCUUCGCCCCGGUCACGGGCCCGGCCCAAACACGGAGCCGAGACAACACCACCACCAUCACCAUCAUCACCUCGCCGACCCAGCCAAGUACAAAGAGGAGGACUUUGUCGAGAGCUACGUGCGCGACUGCAACAAGGAGAAUCGCCGAGACUGCUGGCCGGCUGAAGAUGACGAUUGCAUGGAGACGACAGCGACGACCACAACAGUAGUCCUGGACUCGUGCCAACGCAGCAGCGGCAGCGUCGGCGGAGGCGGAGGCGGAGGCGGAGGCGGAGGCGGAGGUGGAGGCGGAGGCGGAGGAGGAGGAGACAACAACAACAGCGGUGCCAACAACAACGCCGCCGGUGCAGUGACAAACAACAACGGUGACAUGUUCUGUCACACAGGCCUCGGCCAUUACGGCCACCAUCCUGACCCGGGUGAGGUCGAUCUGCCGCCAGAGACGCAGCCAACGCCGCCCAGCGCCACCCUCGUCGGCACCACAAUCACCCACCUCCGGGACCCUGAUCACCACACGGCAGCGCAAGAAAGUCCUACUCCUCGCUGUCUUCAUUCGUCGUUCAUAAACAGAGACAAGAUGUUUACAGCAGACAUCCAGAGCUGCGACAGCGUGAAGAUAAAGUUCGAGACUCUGCACACGAUGGACUCGUCGGAUACGAUCGACAUCGACAGCCACAUGUCCGACCGGGCGAGCGUAAGCUCGAAAAACGCGGACGACAAUAUGAUGAUGAUUACCCCGGAGCUUUUGGGACUGAUGCCCUCCGGCAGCUCCGUGCACUCGGACUCGGGCGAGAAUAAUUCGCGCAGCCACUCCGGGCAGUCGGGUUCUCAUCAUCACGGCUCCAAGUCCUGGACGCAAGAGGACAUGGACGCGGCACUAGAGGCCCUCAGGAAUCACGACAUGAGCCUCACGAAAGCCUCCGCGACGUUCGGCAUACCGUCAACGACGCUAUGGCAGCGGGCCCACCGCCUGGGCAUCGACACGCCCAAGAAGGACGGGCCGACCAAGUCGUGGAGCGACGAGAGCCUCAAUAACGCCCUGGACGCACUGCGCACGGGCACGAUCUCGGCCAACAAGGCUUCCAAGGCCUUUGGCAUACCCUCGAGCACGCUCUAUAAAAUCGCGAGGCGAGAGGGCAUAAGGUUGGCGGCGCCCUUCAAUGCGAGCCCGACUACCUGGUCACCGGCGGACCUCGACAGAGCGCUCGAGGCCAUCAGGUCCGGCCAGACCUCCGUGCAGCGGGCCUCCACCGAGUUCGGCAUACCCACUGGGACGCUGUACGGGCGCUGCAAGAGGGAGGGUAUCGAGCUCAGCAGGAGCAACCCUACGCCCUGGAGCGAGGACGCCAUGACAGAGGCCCUCGAGGCUGUCAGGUUGGGACACAUGAGUAUAAAUCAGGCGGCGAUCCAUUACAAUUUGCCGUACUCGUCGCUAUAUGGACGCUUCAAGCGCGGAAAAUACGAGGAGCCGGUUGUCAAUGAGAUGUCACAGGACGGCUCGUCGCAGCAUUUCCACCAGAGUCCGACUCAAAAUCACUCAUCCUCCCUUCCCGACCAAAUGCCCUACCAGGGCAGCUGAAAUUUACCCCUUUACUAGAUCGUCCGCAGCUGAUGAUCUAGUAAUACGCGAAGGAAUAUGAACAGCUUAGGCCUUCUUUUUUGAAGGAGGGAGUCGAUGCGACUAGAUUAUUAAAACAAAAUUAGCGAGAGAGAGAGAGAGAGAGAGAACUUUGACAAGUAUGAGAGUGAGAGAGAAACUCUAGAGGACGACCCAGUUACGAGUCAAAUCGUUUAGGGUUGGUUGUGAACGAUUGACUUCCUCCUGUUUGGUUAUGUGAUCGAUUCUGUGAGAGCCGCUCUAUGAACAAUUACAAUGGCGUGAUGAAAAUACGUACGUGGAAUAUUGUUGUAUAUAGAUUAAUCCGAAAGGCUAUAGAGCUUUUUGUGUGUAAUCAUUGGAGCUUACAGUAGUGUCUAAUACCGGAGGAGACGAGAUCUAGGGUGACGGUUGUAGCUGGCCGUUACUUUCUAACUAUAAUCAAUGAUAGAGAGAGGGCAAGUCACAUUGUUUUUCUUAAUAAUGUGCACUUCUAAUUUGCAAUCUCAGACGGCACAAGAUUUAUAACGAUACGUAACAUUAAGCUUCUCAUGGCUUGGCGCACGAUUAUUGGCCAUUAAUUAUCCGUAUCACAUGCGUAUAUCGUCGUAAUUUAUGCUUAUUGUUUUUCGAAAAAAAGUAAUUCUUUCGAUGGACUUCCGAAGUGAAAGGUUAACGUCAUUCGCGUAAUAGCGGCACGUCCAAUCAUGUUGACGAUUCUCCUUAAUAAUAGCAUAUAAGAAUAGUGCAUUGGGUACAUUAGUUCAUGAUUAUAAACGAGCACAAAAUUUUUAUAUGAUUUUUUGUUCUUUUAAAAAAAUCAUUGAUAAUCAUCGGUCAUCGACGAUCCAUUUCAAUCUGCUGAAUGUACUAACUAUAACAGUAAUCGUGAUUGUUUCGAACUCUUCGAUUUCUCAAUCAAAUAGAUUAACGUAGAGAGAGAGAGAGAGAGAGA